AUGUCAUUACCAGCACUACCGAAGAAUGGUAAAGUUGCCGUGUUAGGAGCAGGUAUACUGGGACUUACAUUCACAUACUUUCUAAGUAGAUUACGACCCGACAUUAGCUUUCAAAUAUUUGAAAAAUCCAUUCGCCCAGGUGGAUGGAUGAAUCUGCCCCACCUUUAUGUAUCCGAUACUAAGGAGUCAAUUUUGUUGGAGAAAGGUCCUCGAACGUUGCGUGGUGUCAAAAACGGAAGUUUGUUUAUGAUUGAUAUUUUACGCAAUUUGAACUUGCAGGAUCAAGUGGAGGUUAUACACAAGUCAAGUAAGGCUAAUCGCAAGUACAUUACCGAUGCUCAGGGAGAGAUUGUUCAAGUUCCUAAUUCCUUUGCAACGGCAGUUGAUUUUUUCAAACGGGUUAAAGUUGUUGAUGGCAAAUUGAUCAAAGGGUUGCUUAAGGAGCCAUUUGUGAAGCCUUUGGCGGAAGAUGAGACCGUAGAGCAGUUUUUCAAGAGAAGGUUGGGGAGUACCUCAUUGACUGAUAAUGUUGCUAGUGCUAUAAUACAUGGGGUAUAUGCGGGGGAUAUCGGCAAAUUGAGUAUAAAAAGCGUAAUGCCCUUUUUAAAGGAUGUCGAAAGCCAAUCCGGAUCAAUUGUGAAGCAUAUUUUGAAGUCACUAACAAGGAAAAAUACAAAGAAAGAAGAAAAGGAUGUGCUGGAGUUUUCAUCAGAGUUGCAACUUUAUGAAAAGUUGAUUUCACCACAAGCGAAUCUACUAGCUCUACAGAACAAUCUCAAAGCAUUUCCAAUGAUCAAGUUUAGAGAUGGAAUGGAGACUUUGCCAAAGAAUUUGGCCAACUAUUUGGUCAAUAAUACAAACACAAAAAUCCAUUAUGGUACCCCAGUGCAGCAAUGUGAUCCGAAAACUGGAAAAGUUAAUGAACAACAAUUUGAUCAUAUUAGAAGUACAAUCAACACCCAUGCAUUGGCUCAAGCUUUACCAUUGAACAAUCCACUAAUACCAGAACUAAAAGCAGUACAAUAUGUCACUGUUUUCUUGACUAACGUGUACACAAAAAAGCCAAUCUUAUUGCCAAAGGAUAAACUGGGAUUUGGGUUUUUAAGACCACGUCAUCGUAAUAUUGAUAGUAAUCCACAAGCAUUACUUGGUACAAUAUAUGAUUCCGAUGUUGAAAACCACGCAGAAAGUCUAUUCAGUGAAGCAAGAGCUACUCCCGGUGAAUACAACAAGAUCACAAUCAUGAUGGGAGGGCAUUACUACAGCAAUUGGAACAUUCCGUCCAAUAAACUAAAUUUGAAGAUUGUGAAGGAUGUAUUGCAAGAGAAAUUGAAUGUCAAUUUGUCAAAGUAUCGUGUUAAAGUCGUUGAAGAAAGUCAAGACUUGAAAGUCGAUUCAAUUGAACCCAAUGAUAUAAUCAUUAGUUAUUCUUUACAUCAAGAUUGUAUCCCUCAGUAUAACUUGGGUUAUCAAGAGUUGAAAUCUAAAGUACUUGACAUUUUGGAAAAGGAGCAUUAUAAGUUAUCAUUUGGUGGUACAGUCUUUGCUGAGGGUGUUGGUGUGCCUGAUUGUGUCAGUAACUCAUUCGCUGAUGCCGUAAAGUUAAUGUAA